AUGGCGCUGCCGGCGGCGCUGCUGCGGCGCGGGGCCCUGGCCCCCCCCAAGGCCAAGGCCGCCUUCGUGAGGGACAAACCCCACGUGAACGUCGGCACCAUCGGGCACGUGGACCACGGCAAGACCACGCUGACGGCGGCCAUCACCAAGGUGCUGUCGGCCGGGGGCGGGGCGCGGUUCCGGCCCUACGAGGAGAUCGACAGCGCCCCCGAGGAGAAAGCGCGCGGCAUCACCAUCAACGCGGCGCACGUGGAGUACACUGUGACCCGAAUUUGCCGUUUUUCGCCCCAGAACAUGAUCACGGGCACCGCCCCCCUGGACGGCGUCAUCCUGGUGGUGGCGGCCACCGACGGGCAGAUGCCGCAGACCCGCGAGCACCUCCUGCUGGCACGGCAGGUGGGCGUGCAGCACGUGGUGGUGUACCUGAACAAGGCGGACGCGGUGCCGGACCCGGAGCUGCUGCCGCUGGUGGAGCUGGAGGUGCGGGAGCUGCUCAGCGAGUUCGGCUUCGACGGCGACAACACACCUGUGGUGGCGGGAUCGGCGCUGUGCGCCCUGCAGGACCGCGAUCCCGAGCUGGGGCUGCGCUCGGUGCUGCGGCUGCUGGAGGCCGUGGACGAGCACAUCCCGCAGCCGGCGCGACACCUGGAGCGGCCCUGCCUGCUGCCCGUGGAGGCCGUGCACUCCAUCCCAGGUAAAUUACCUGUGACACACCUGGGACACACCUGUGACACCUCUCUGCUGGGCUACGGCCGCCAGCUGCGCUCAGUGGUGACCGGAAUUGAGACGUUCCACAAGAGCCUGGAGGUGGCCGAGGCCGGGGACAACCUCGGCGCGCUGCUCCGGGGGCUGCGGCGCGAGGACGUGCGCCGGGGGAUGGUGCUGGCCCAGCCCGGCUCCCUGCAGCCCCAGCAGAAGGUGGAGGCACAGGUGUACGUGCUGACCCCGCAGGAGGGCGGCCGCCACAAACCCUUCGUGUCCCACUACGCGCCCGUCAUGUUCUCCCACACGUGGGACAUCGCCUGCAGGGUGCUGCUGCCCCCCGGCAAGGAUUUGGUGAUGCCGGGCGAGGACGCGGCGCUGGCGCUGGGGGAUCU